CUGGAGGCGGAGCUGCGCUUCCGGACGCGCCGUGGGUUGCAUCAGCCUGUGCUGGCAGAGCGGUGUCGGCGUCAGGCGAGCGGCUGAGGAGGAGCGGGAUGGCGGCGUCGGCAGCCGCUUCUGACUACAAUUGUAUUCUGAGCAUUAGUGAAGAGGAAGCCAGGUUGAAGGCUCUGAAUGAGUACCUCAGCACUCGUAGCUAUAUCCAGGGGUUCACAUUUUCACAUGCAGAUGUGGAAGCUUUCAGGCAGCUUUCGGGCCCGCCUGUGGACCAGCAUUUCCAUGUGGUUCGUUGGUACAGGCACAUAGAAGCAAUUUAUGAUGGCAGCAGAGGAAAGCAUGACUCCUGUAAACUCCAAACAAGUAAAAACAAGCGUUCUCAGCCUCCCUGGUCUCCACCCCAAGGAACAACACUACCCAAACUCUGCCUAUACAACAGUCUCACUCGCAAUAAGGAUGUGUUUCAGCCCCAAGAUGGCAACAGGGUGAAAUGGUAUUGCUGUGGCCCGACAGUGUAUGAUGCCUCCCACAUGGGGCAUGCAAGAUCAUACAUCUCAUUUGAUAUCCUGAGAAGAGUUUUGAAAGACUAUUUCAAAUACGAUGUCUUCUACUGUAUGAAUAUCACAGAUAUAGAUGACAAGAUCAUAAAAAGAGCAAGGCAAAACUAUCUCUUUGAAAAAUACACAGAGAAGCAGCCAUCAGCAGCACAGCUACUUGAAGAUGUCCAGAUUGCCUCUGAGCCUUUUGCAGCUAAGCUACAAGAGACCACUGACCCUGAUAAGAAACAGAUGCUGGAAAGGAUUCAGAGUGCAGUGAAGGCUGCUGUGGAACCUCUAGAAAGUGCACUGAAAAAUAAACACUCUGAAGGUCAAGUCAGCAAACAUGCUGAGGUGUUAUUGCAUGAAGCAAAAGAUAUACUCUCUGAGUGGCUGGACACUAGGUUGGGGAGUCAGGUGACUGACAAUUCCAUAUUUUCAAAGCUCCCCAAAUUCUGGGAAGAGGAAUAUCAUAAAGAUAUGGCAGCUCUCAAUGUAUUAGCUCCAGAUGUCUUAACACGUGUUAGUGAAUAUGUACCAGAAAUUGUGGACUUUGUCCAAAGGAUUGUAGAUAAUGGAUAUGGUUAUGUGUCGAAUGGCUCUGUCUAUUUUGAUACCAUGAAGUUUGAUUCAUCUGAGAAACACUCCUAUGCCAAGUUGGUUCCUGAAGCUGUAGGUGAUCAAAAAGCACUUCAAGAGGGCGAAGGUGACCUGAGUAUCUCGGUGGAUCGUUUAAGUGAGAAGCAUUCUCCAAAUGACUUUGCUUUGUGGAAAUCCUCCAAACCAGGCGAGCCUUCAUGGGACUCUCCUUGGGGAAAAGGCCGUCCGGGAUGGCAUAUUGAAUGUUCUGCAAUGGCUGGGUCCAUUCUAGGAGAUUCUAUGGACAUACAUGGAGGAGGCUUUGAUCUUCGGUUCCCUCAUCAUGACAAUGAAUUGGCACAAUCUGAGGCAUACUUUGAAAACGAUCACUGGGUUCGCUAUUUCCUCCACACUGGGCACCUGACAAUUGCUGGUUGUAAAAUGUCCAAAUCUUUGAAAAACUUUAUUACAAUAAAAGAUGCACUUAAAAAGCACACAGCUCGGCAAUUACGGCUGGCUUUUCUUAUGCAUUCCUGGAAGGAUACGCUAGACUAUUCCAACAACACCAUGGAGUCUGCUAUUCAGUAUGAGAAAUUCAUGAAUGAGUUCUUUUUAAAUGUGAAGGACAUCCUUCGGGCCCCCGCUGAUGUGACAGGCCAGUUUGAAAAAUGGGAAAACCAGGAAAUAGAGCUGAAUAAAAGUUUUUAUGACAAGAAGCUAGCAGUCCAUGAAGCCUUGUGUGACAACAUUGAUACACGCACAGUUUUGGAAGAAGUGCGAUCGCUGGUCAGUCAGUGUAAUUCCUACAUUGCUGCAAAGAAAACUGCGAGGCAAAUGCCAAAUAGAAUGCUGCUGGAAAAUAUAAGUCUCUAUCUUACACAGAUGUUCAAGGUGUUCGGUGCUAUAGAAAGCGAUGAGGCUAUCGGAUUCCCAGUUGGAGGAAGUGCCCAAAACUUAAAUCUUGAAUCUACAGUGAUGCCAUACCUACAGGUUUUGUCCGAUUUCAGAGAAGGCGUGCGGCAAAUUGCCCGAGAAAAGAAAGUGUUUGAAGUUCUGCAACUAUGUGAUUCUCUUCGAGAUGAUGUCCUUCCCGAGCAUGGAGUUCGGUUUGAAGAUCAUGAAGGGCUCCCAACUGUGGUCAAGCUAGUGGACAGAGACACCUUACUAAAAGAAAGAGAAGAGAAGAAAAAGAUUGAAGAAGAGAAAAAAAGGAAGAAAGAAGAGGCAGCUAGAAAGAAACAGGAACAGGAGGCAGUAAAAUUGGCAAAAAUGAAAAUCCCACCAGGAGAAAUGUUUAAAUCGGAGCAUGACAAGUAUUCCAAAUUUGAUGAAAAUGGGUUUCCAACUCAUGACACAGAAGGCAAAGAACUCAGCAAAGGUCAAACGAAGAAACUAAAGAAACUCUAUGAAGCACAAGAAAAACUGUACAAAGAAUAUCUUCAAAUGGUUCAGAAUGGAGUUGCAAACUAAGAACAAAACUUGGACAAUCUGCAUCUUCAAUAAAAUAUACAGCUGGAUAACCUUUGUGAGGGGAAAUGCGUUUUCACUGGGCUUUAACUUUCCACAUUGUGCUGAACAAAAAGUAAUGCUGCAAUCCUAUACACACACGGGAUUAAGUCCCAUUGAACACAAUGAGACUUACUUCUGAGUAAACAUGCAUAGGAUUGUACGGUUAAUAUCACCUUGUUUAAAACGUCAAUAAAAGUUUUGUUAGUUAAAUAAGGUUCUGUAAUAUUUUUAUGUGAUACAAGUCAAUAAACAAUUUGCUAACUGUC